AUGAGGAGGUUACAAAGAGGCCUAUCUAAGAAAAAGGUGAACUGGAAGGAGUCUAUAAAAAAAAGAUCGAGAAAUUUAGUCAACAGCUGCAAAUUGUCACCAGUCAAACAGAACGAGGCUCCCUCAAGAGCACUAAAGCAAAUCUGCAAAGCCAAUCAGUACCACUCGAACAACGAGGACCAGUUGAAGAAGAUUGAGGACCAGAUUGAAGAGAAAAGGGCGGUCUUUGAGAAAAAACUGAUGAUUGCGGCUAAUCGGACAGAGUAUCAGAGAACGAAUAAGCUGUUCGAGUUCAAUCGGUCCACCUUCUACUGGAGACUUGACGAAGACCAGAAGGAGAUUGACGAGAACAUCGAUGUUUAUGAGGUUAUUACUUUCUGGAAAGGAAUCUGGGUGACCGAUGACGAAGAAGGGGAGUACCAGGAAAUGAUUGACCUAUUGGACCCAGUGGAGCUUCAGACCGAAACUGAGGAGGAAAAAGUCAAGAAGGUCAUCGAGGAGAAGAUCAGGUUCCUACUCAACUGGAAGACACCGGGGCCUGAGGGCCCGUAUUCAGCUUACUCAUUAAAAAAACUGACUGCACUCCACUUUCGUCUCACCGACCUUCUAGUCAAAGCAGUUGAUGACCCUGAACAAAUUGACGGGCGACUGUACAUGGGCACGACGUACCUUAUUGUGAAGACGAAACGAGCAAGCAAGGGCAAAGAGUUACGUUCCAUAACUUGUCUCCCAAACAUCUACAAGCUGCUGAGCAAGGUUGUCACAGCCCUGGUGACGGACCUGUGCGAGGUGAAUGAGGUGAUCUCGGCCAACCUGAUGGGUACUCAAAGAGGCUUCCAAGGUGCAAAACAGUAA